GACAGCGCUUAGGGUGGAUAUGUGAGACGUGGGAAUUACAAAGACGAUGCUAGGCGCCGUACGAUAAAACUUGUAAUUAGUUAUCUUUUCGGGGUUCCUUUUAGAAUACAACAAACGUAAAGAAGCUUUCGGUUCUUUAAAUACUUCAAACUAAGGGGAUAAUAGCUGGCUAGCAACCAGAUAGCAAUCCAGCGAAUAGAUAAUCUCGAAAAGGAAUUUGUUAGCAUGCAUUGCUAGCUUGGACAGUCACACCCAUAGCUAGCUGGCUAUCUUGUUUGGACAACAGGAUCAGUUUUCAGGACUAAUUUACCCGCAUAACACGUUUAUUGACUAGCUAUAUUUGUGCUGGUCUGAAAUAAAGUGUUUAAUGUUACUAGUCAUGCUGGCUAGCUAGCUGCCCAAAACAUAGCUAAAUAGAUAGCUAGCUAAAAUGAAUGACUCAUGACACCGAGUUCUUCGAUAACUUGGCACAUAACUGAUAAAGCAGCAUGAAUCUUCCAAUGUAUACAUUUGUCGCCCGAGAUGACAAUAGUAGCGUCUACGCCGAAGUUUCCAAAAUCCUGAUUUCCACUGGGCACUGGAAGAGACUUAAAAAAGAUAAUCCCAGAUUCAACUUGAUGCUGGGAGAAAGGAACAGGCUCCCGUUUGGAAGGCUAGGGCAUGAACCCGGACUGGUGCAGCUGGUGAAUUAUUACAGAGGAGCCGACAAGUUGUGCCGUAAAGCCUCUUUGGUAAAGUUAAUCAAGACCAGUCCAGAGCUUUCAGACUGCUGCAAUGGAUUCCCAGAAUCAUACAUAAUCUACCCCACAAACCUAAAGACCCCCGUGGCCCCAGCCAAAAACGGCAUAAGCCACUUGAAGAGUAACCCCAAAACAGAUGAGCGGGAAGUUUUCCUAGCUUCCUAUCAUCAGAAGAGGGAAAACGGGGAGGGAUCCGUGUGGAUAGCAAAAUCUUCUGCUGGAGCCAAAGGUGCUGGGAUUUUAAUAUCUAAUGAUGCUAAUCAGUUGCUGGAGUACAUUGAUAAUCAAGGCCAGGUCCAUGUCAUUCAGAAGUACCUGGAGAAACCCCUUCUGCUGGAGCCAGGUCAUCGCAAAUUUGACAUCAGGAGCUGGGUGCUGGUUGACCAUCAGUACAACAUCUACCUGUACAAGGAGGGGGUGCUGAGAACGUCCUCUGAGCCUUAUAACAGCUCUGACUUCCAGGACAAGACCAGCCACCUGACCAAUCACUGCAUACAGAAGGAGCACUCCCAGAACUAUGGCCGAUACGAGGAGGGCAACGAGAUGUUCUUCGACGAGUUCCGCGAGUAUCUGCAGAGCUCCCAUAAUGUCUCCCUCGAGGCGGCCAUUUUACCUCAGAUCAAACAGAUCAUAAGGAGCUGCUUGGUCUGCAUCGAGCCCUCAAUCAGCACCAAGCACCUGUCCUACCAGAGCUUCCAGCUCUUUGGCUUUGACUUCAUGGUGGACGAGAGCCUGAAGGUCUGGCUGAUCGAAAUCAACGGCGCCCCUGCAUGCGCACAAAAACUGUAUUCAGAGUUGUGUCAGGGAAUCGUGGAUGUAGCGAUAUCCAGUGUCUUCUCCCUCAAUGAAUCCACCCCAUCCUCAGCCUCCUCCACCUCCUCCGCCUGCUCCUCCCCCAAACCGAGGCCGGCCUAUGCCCAGGGCCCGUUCAUCAAGCUGUAAGCACACAUGGAGCCCUGGCCUCCACUGCUGUGACCCCCUCCCUCCUCUCAGACGCUGUGCUUCCCCCCCUGCGGCCCCAUGGAUACGUCUGCACAUCAUCCAGAGGGGCGGGUGGGGACAGGCUGGACCCCUCACUCUGAAGAGAUGCGGCAUGGAGAGGCGGUGAAUGAUCAUUAAAUGGCCCCUAAAAUUGAAAAUGACCUCAUAAGAUCGCCCACCCCUGCCUGUCUCCAGUGUUCCAAAGCUCUGGUAAUUGUUGGCGGCCGUUGUGUUCGGAUCAGAGUGAAAAUUUUGAGUGUCUUGGUUAAUGUGUGGGAGGGGAAAGUAAGAGGGACUGACAGACAGGGUGGGGUUACCUCUUUUGCCACUACCCCCCCCCUCCCUCUUUUUUUGGCACAAAAAUGUCCAUUUCACUGUCAGGAAGUUGAUGACCUUGGACAGCACGUGGGUGAAAGAAUGGAGAAGUGAUGUUAUAUCAAUUUGUUGCUCAAUACUUGUGUCUUCAGUGCCUUACAUAUACAGAUAUACAUAUAACCUCACCCUGUAUCAUAGAAAGACCACCUGUCCAUUGUUUUGCACCAUUGUUUAGUAUGUGUUAUGUGCUGCCAGGUGAGGUUGCCUUACUGUGUGUGUUUGUGUUAUUUGUGUUUGUGUAUUGCAUCAGCACUCCCAAAUGCUCCUAUUUGUGGCAGAGUGGUUGAAGUCUGAUUAGACACUUAAAGCAUGACCAUCCCAUCUUUUGCACUGAUGUUUGGUCCAUUGGAAUCAGCAGCAAAUCCCUAAUUUGUUCUGUGUGCUUCCUGUGCCCAUAGGCCUUCAUUAGCUGAGACCUACUAGCUUUUGGUAGAAUGUUCCAGUCUGAAGACUCAAAACCAAUGAAUGAUUUCCACUGGCUUGUCAGCCACACAUCCAAAAUGUAAUGUUUUAUUUCCAGUUAAUGCUAUAAACUGGUAAGCACUCAUGAGUAUAAUCCAUUUGAGUCUGGCAGGAGUGUGGGAGCUCUCAUCCCAUUUGCCAGUACACUGUGGGUAUUCAUGUGAGCUAUUAUCUCCUGGCCUUUAGUGGUUUUUGGUUUUUGCUCUUUGUGGACUUCAGCACCUGUACAUUCUUUAGUCUAUUGGCAAUGUACUAACGGGAGAACAGCGAUGUAAUCUGCCAAGUGAAUAAUCAAUAUUAUGAACUUGGCAGAAACUCAUUGUGGGCAAAGUACAUUAUUGUACACGUAGACAUUCAUAUAGCUGAAUGUUUACUGAAGCAAUUUUGGUUAAUAAAAGUAUUUUUAUCAAUGGUACAACAGAAGAAGCCCACCUCAUAUUCAGGACUGCUGUACAAUUUUGUGUUACAGCUCUAGAAGCAAGGCACCUGUCUCCCAUCUUACGUGCUUUAACGUUAUGCAAAACAACAGGUUACGGCAGAUUAUAUCCUCCAUACAAUGAACUAGGACAGGUCUGGGACAUUAGGAAGAACGCAAGGAUCUUGGGUGCCAGGCUGAUUGAUUUGCAUCACAGGGCAGGCCUCAGCCAGAUUCCCUAAAAUGUUUGAGCUGGUAUGUCAGGUUGUGUCAGCAAGUAAAGCAGUUGUUUUUGGGUUUCCUGAAAAGGGCAUUACAACACUGCCCCAGGUCCUCUCGGUUUCAGUGCUGUGGAUUUCUGACAUUUUGACAUGUUGACAUGAAGGAAUAGAAAAAUUUCUUUUUGAAUGUAUUGGCAGAAAAUAUCCUUGGCAGAUGAAGGUUGUGCUGAUGGAAUAAAAUGUUCAUUAGUCUGUAGCUGUGAGAGAAACAUCGCCUUUAAGAGCUUAGAAAUGUUUUCCCUCCCCGUUCACCUGUCCAUCAAUUGCAUGCUGGCCAGAGUAGUGACGUUAAUGUGUGUGACUUUGCAUCCAGACGUUUCCUUUUCUCAUACCUCUGUAUUAGGUAUACUUUAAGUGAAGGGUUACCCCAUGGUGUUUUAGUCCCUUUGUUAUGUAGGUUUAGAUUGAUAAAUAAUAAUGAGGUUAUUUUCUAGUGCUAGUUCAAACCAAGUUUCUUAGCUUCCAGAUUUAGAAGUAGAGAUUAUAAGUAAUGUAGUGUUAUGCCUGUUACAUUGUAGUGGCUCUCAAUUGAUGACUGAAGGAAACCAUUUCUAAUCUGCAGAUAGAUUUGCACAAUGAUGGUGUUGUCUGUAUUUUAAUAGUCACUGAUGUGUAUAGUUAUUUUAUGGCACCGUUUGUUACCCUUCUCUCCCGGACAUCACAAAUGGCUUGAAAUACCAGCAGGUUAAUGUUUUUAUUUUUUAUUAUUAAAAAAGUAUUCACAGACUGCUUGUAAGAAACCUUUAGGUCACUGUGUCCUUUUGCUCUAUUCAUGGGAAAUUUGGAGAGCAUAGACCUAUUUCGGAGCAUUGCACAAAUGUGAGCCAGCUUGUUGUAUGUUGUCUUGUUUUAGCAGAAAGUUUACCUUAAAACUGCCACUGUACAUUUCUUUGGUUGUGUGUAUUGUGACUUCAUGACACCAAGAAUAGCUGGAGGUGUCAUGCUCAGUGGCACAGAUCUGAAGCGAUCAUUGUUUUGCUUUGGAGAGCAGAAAUGUUGAUUUGCUUCAAACAAGCCAGUGAUAUUCAGCAGUGUAACUGCCCACUAUGGUGGUUCAUGGGAUCUCUCAGCGGUCUGAUGUGUUGAAAAUGCUUGACAGCAGAUCCCCAGGAGAAAAAAUGUGAGAUUCAAGUCCUCCUUUAUGUUCAUAUUUAGUAUUUUCUUUGAAACAUCUUGAUUUGUAUUUAGUUUUUUUACUCCCCGCAUGCAAGGACUGUCACAGGCCUCAUUUUGCUGAUGCUUCUUUAAUGUUCCUUUGAUAAACCUGUGUGUAUAAAAACAGACUUCAGAAAGGAACAGUGUACAAUAAUAUAAUUGUAGCGCCAUCAGAGUUAAAAAGCGCAAAGGGGGGAAAAACUGUUUCCAACGAUAAGAAAAUUUGUCAUGGACAGUCUCAAAGGAAGUGUUAAAAUUAAUUAAACUUAUUUUGUGUGUGAAUGUGUUACCAGAAUGUAUAGCACACAAAAAAAAGGGAAACCAGUUUCUAAAUUCUUUACAGUAUAAUUUAAUAAUUGUGACCCAUCCUUUCUAUACAGUAAAUAUUUAUUUUGAAACAAAUUUGGAUCCCAAAGAAAUGGCAGUAUUUUUGUCUUGUAUAAUGUUGUAGAAUCAUUUUUCCCUCAAAGGGAAGGGGUGCCUUGGGGUAAAUGGGAAUCAUGAAGUUUGGAUGAAGCAAAGGAUGUGUGUCCUUGUGCCCCAUUUCUUUGUCAGCCAGACUUUUCACAGUCUUCACAAGAGAGAAUGUCCUUCUGUGACUGGUUCUGGUGUGGGUGAUGCGUUUCCUACUGCCAGCAUUUUCCAUAAGCAAUGAUCCUCCUGACCAAAGAUAACUAUGGUUUGCAUGUUCAAAAUCUGUCCCGUCUGUGUAUGCUUGAAGCGAAAUCGGUUUGCAGGCAAAUGCUUGAUACAUCUGUGUGUGCAUUGCUGUGCACAGAUACAUUUGUUAUACAGAAUUUACUUUUUUGUUUUCUAUGAGAAUUUCUGUAAGGUCAAGAGUGAGGGGGUCUAAAGCAAAAAGUAUAUUUACCUGGCUGUGGAAUAAUUUUACCUGUUCCGCCCCCAGUUCGAGUUCUUUGUGAUCCACAAUGACUAUAGGCCAUCAUACACACUUUUCUCUAAGAAAAGCAGGAAAAACACAAACCAUAAAUGGUUAGCGAAGGAAACUGUCAUUGCGAAGAAACAAUGUCUUCAUCUCAACCGAGAAUUUAUGAAAAAGACUCCUAUCAUAGGCCGUUCUUGUCACCAUAUCCAAAUGUAGUGCGUCUGUUGUCUGAAAAAUCUGUUGAUUCUGUGUUACUCUGUUAAACAGUCUAUUGCAUGGAAACUUGGCUGUAUCGGUAAUGAGCACUAUUAUAAAUAUUAAAAUUUUAAUGCUCAUUGA